UGUUUAAUAAUGGGCCUUUACUCAGCCUACUAUAAGCCCUUCAACUUCAGUCCGGCCUGCGUCCUACCCACGAUGGAAAUAAGGAAACGGAGGAACGCCGACGGCGAUGGCGACGGUGCGGCGUCAGCUAACGGCGGCGAUGGUCGGGAUUCGUCUACUGUUUCUUCCAAAUCAAUCCGAGUAACGCGAUCCACGAGGCGGAUAUUCAUGUUCUGCCUGGCGUUUCGUGUGGUGAACGCGUUGUUGAUCCAAACUUACUUCAAUCCAGACGAGCAUUGGCAAUCCCUCGAAGUAGCCCACCGUACCGUCUUCGGGUAUGGUUAUAUGACAUGGGAGUGGAAGAGAGGAAUACGAAGCUAUUUGCAUCCCAUGUUGUUCGCUUUCUUGUAUAAACUUCUUCAUCUCACGGCUCUUGAUACUACUCCCUACCUUAUGAGCAAAGCCCCACGUCUUCUGCAAUCCGUAUUUUCAGCUCUUGGUGAUCUCUAUUUCUACAAACUCUCCCAUGCUCUCUAUGGGGACAAUGUUGCAAGUUGGUCUUUCUUUUGUCAAUUGGCAAACUGGUUCAUGUUCUUCUGUAUGAACCGUACGUUUUCGAACUGUUUGGAGACUGUUCUUACCAUCAUGGGGCUCUACUACUGGCCUUGUAUUAGAGAUUCUUCAAAGGACCAUCCCGUGAACCGAAAGUUGGGUUUGGUCAUAGCGGCUUUAGCAUGUGCCGUAAGACCAACAAGUGCUAUCAUAUGGUUAUACGUUGGGACGCUUGAGCUGUUUUUGACGCCUAAUAAGGUCAAAUUCGUUGUCCUAGAGGUGAUCCCGAUUGGGUCUUUGGUCCUCGGCUUAACCUGUUUGUUGGACCGUCUGAUGUACGGGUCAUGGGUCAUUGUGCCUCUUAACUUUCUCAAGUUCAAUUUCCUUUCAUCUGGUGGAGACUAUUACGGAACUCACCCAUGGCACUGGUACUUCUCCCAGGGAUUUCUUGUCAUGCUUUUCACUUUCACACCACUCUCCGUUGCUGGAAUGAUCAAGUCUAAGAAUCACAAGCUUUCAGCUCUCAUUUUAUGGGUUUUAACGAUUUACAGCCUACUCGGACACAAGGAAUUCAGGUUUGUGCUGCCUGUGCUACCCAUUGCUUUGAUAUUCUCUGGCUAUGCACUUGCUCAAAUGGAGGCAUCACCAUCAUCAAUAACUAAAAAGAAGCAAGUCCCUCGAAAGAAGUGGUCUCCUAAACUAACACUUUCAGUCUUAUUUUUACUUCUGACCAAUAUCCCAAUGGCAUUAUACAUGAGUUUAUUCCAUCAGAGAGGGACCGAGGAUGCGAUGAACUAUCUAUCGGAAGAAGCAUAUAAAGGGAGAGUAAAGAGCAUUCUCUUUCUCAUGCCAUGCCAUUCUACUCCCUACUAUUCUACUCUCCAUAGUAACAUUCCAAUGCAAUUUCUGGACUGCACGCCAAGUGAAGAGAAGGGACAAGUUGACGAGUCAGACCGAUUCAUGAUGGAUCCUUUAGGUUUCGUAUCAGAGUUAGCUGGAAACUGGUCAGAGCGGCCUAGCCACAUUGUGAUGUUUGCAUCAGAAGAAAUAAAACUCAGAGAUUUCAUAAUCCAACAUUCCUUCAGAGAGGUGAAAAGAUUCUUCCACGCGCAUUUCAAGGUUGAUAGAGAUCUUCAGUCCUCAGUGGUCGUCUAUGCUAAUAUAGAAGACUGAUUUUCUUGCUUCGUGUCGUUUUUGGUUUGGGUUUAGCUUUGCAGCCCUUAGAAAACGCCUUGAUGUUUUGUAUGAACGACACGAUUCUACAAUUUUCUCGUUCCUUAUUGUAAGGCGUCGGACAUACCAGUAGUAUGUCAUUUUUAAGCGGGCUAUUUAUAAGUUUGUUUUGUUUUA